UGUCAGGCCUCCAGUUACUCUCAGUGACUGCCCUCCCAUUGCUGUGAGUAGUCUAAAAGUUCUGGCCUGGACUUCCUCCUAACUUUAUUCCCACAUUGUGUUGUGUACUCUGAACCCCAGCUCUGCUACCACCUUCCUCCUAGCCAGGACUUUGCCAAGUAUCUGAAGAAUUUUUUCCUGGGAGUGGAUCUGAAAUAUUUUAAGCCCAAAGUUGUAGAAAGUAGGCUGUGAGAGGAGGAGAAGAUUUGUAAAAGCUGCCUCCCUCAGCUUGCCACAGGGAAGUGACUUGCUACUGUUGGAGGUCUUUCUAUCAGUUAAUACCCCAACUUCUGGCUCCUCCAGUAUGAUCCCAGGCUUCGUAUGGAUUCCAGCAUCAACCCACCUAGCAGUUCUUGCUACCUCCCUAGGAGAACCCAAGGGCCACUGCUUCCUGCCACCCCUUUCUGUCUUGUCACCUAGGCGACCUCAGACCCACUAGCUCCUAAAGUGCUAAAGGUCAGGGACUCCUAAAGGGCCUGCUUUCAGCUUGGGAUUGGCCCAAGCACCGGAAAAGGCACCAGAGGAUUCAGUUAAAUAGAUAGCCCAGUUUUGUGGGUGGGGACAAAGCUAACUUUGAGCCUGUGGCUACCCCUGCCACAGCAGGUUAUGGCUAGGGAGAAGACUUGGCCUUAUUUUUGGAGAAGCCAAAGGGGAAAGAGGGGCACAUACCCGGAAGAAAUCGUUUCUUGCCUUCCCAAGUCUUUAGACUGACUGGUACAGGAAAGACCACAAAGUGUGUGGUGGAUAGCUGAUGAUGGAGAAAACCUGUGGUAAGCCAAUGACACCUCAAUGGCUGCACUCAAGCUCUGGGGCACAAGUCCAGACUGGAGGGUGGGGGAGAGACCCUAAGGACUAGAAAUUCAAGAUGAAUGACCUCUAGGCCACUUUCAAGAAUGGACUAGGCUCUUGAGCCAUUUCCUCACACGAUGAAAUAAACCUUCCUCACAUCAAGAACCCUGUCAAAGGUGGAGUGCCCUGUUCAGACCUGGACCUGCCCCUCACCAGGACAUGUCAGAAUUCCUGAGUAUCCACAAGACAUAUUCCAGAGGAGGACUUUCAAGCCUCACCCUGGACCAGAGGGAGGAGCAGCUUGCGCUGUUCAGCCUGGCUGGGGGACUAGUCCCUACCAUCAGAACUAAUGGUCCCUCCUGAUUGUUGCAGCCACCCUGCAGCAGAAAGAGAUGCCCAGGGAAGGUGUGAAUCCCUAUCCCAAUAGAAGGUCUGUCCCAUAAAGGGUAGCUGGCCACAGAAGGCACCUCUGCAACAACCAGAUAAAGGCUGCAUUACUGGGUUCUGACUCCGUUUAUGUUUCAAACACUAAACAGGACUUCAGGGUUGAAAUCCCUAGACUGGGAGUGGGAAAUUCUUCAAGGUGCCAGGGGCACUAAACUCAGCAGCAUGUUGCCACUCCUUCCUGGAAAGGAGAGGAGGAGUUUUUGCCUUGGGCAAAAGGGGUAAGAGGAGUGAGGGUUGGAUAUGGGAUUAGGAGAGAAGGGACAGAAAGGAGAUGGGAGGUUGAGGCUUCAGCAAGAGAAUGAGAUACAGAGGGUUGUUGACAGGGGUAUUACUGGCCCUGGGUGGGGAGGGGACAUUUCCUCCAGGCCGAUGGUGGAGAGAGGCUGCAAUUUGAAUAGAACAAAAGAGGUAAAUUGAGCUCUUGAGUCUGAUGUCUCAAUAAGCCAGGAACUGAGUCUGGGAACCCCAGAUCAAUGCUGGCAAGAAGCAGGCAUUUCUGGGACAGAACAGGAAGAUAAGAUAUCUUGGGUCUUCUACCUGUUUGACACCAGCAACUGAUACCAAAGAACUUUCACCUUCCUUAUCCACCCCAUCUUUCCUCCCUGUCCCAUCUUGCUGGGGAAAGUGGUUCCCACCUCAGCAUCCCCAACACACCCCAAUACCAUCAAAAAGGGCCUCCUCCAAGCUUCUCGCUCUGACUGUGACUAGCUCCAGCCAAGACUCCCCAGCCAGAGGGACCUGCUUCUAGGACCUACUCCCAUCAAUUUCUCCUGAUUAAGACAGGCAGGGUCCAUCAGGCAGGAAGUGAGGAGGGGAAAAUAAAGGCAAAUUGUUGCUGGCUGUCCCCUGUUCCCACCCCACCAACAACUUCCCCAUCAGAAUUUGUGUACUAGUGUGAUUGUGUGAUAGGAUGAUUGUGAAAACCCAACUGUGGGGGUGGAACUUUGAGUAUCACUGGGGCUAUAUGAUUCUGCCUAUAGCUGUUUGUCCAGGUGAAGCUAAUGGAGUGAGGCGUGACUGAGUGUCUAGCUAUGGGAAUGUGAGUGUGAAUGUUCAUCACUGGCUGCUACUGUGGAUCUCUGACUGCCCUGAGUCAUGUGCUGUCAGCCCACAUCAUGCACUACCCCUCCUAGCUUCUCUGCCCAGGGCUCAGGAGCCCAUGGGAAAUGACAGAAGAGGAAGGGGUCUGUGCCAAGUAGGGCCCAGGAAUGUCACGGGAUUAGCAAUAUUUUCACCUGCCUCUGACUCACCUAGUACCCCAGGUAAAAGGCACCCAGAUAAAAGUAGGGGAGGAAGAGGAGAGAGAAGGAAGUAUCUCGGCUGAGCAGCAUGAAGGGAACCUCGCCUACCAGCAGCCUCCUGCUGCUAUUGUCACUGAGCCCAGACCCUGGAGCAGCAUUGCUACUGCCGCCCAGCACUACCUGCUGUACUCAGCUCUGCAGAAAGCCACUAGACAACAUGCUGAGGAAGGUCAUCCAGGUGGAACUGCAGGAGGCUAAUGGGGACUGUCACCUCCAGGCCUUUGUGCUUCACCUGUCUCAAUGCAACAUCUGCAUCCAACCCCAGAACCACAGCCUGGCUUUGUGGUUUAAGCACUGAGGGAAAAGGUUCCAGGGGACUCUGCCCAACCUGAAUUGGGGGCUGACAGAGAAAAUGGACCUGGGCUCCCAGUAG